AUGCAUUUGUCGAUAUUCGCGUUGGGCUUGCUCUCCUUUUUCGGAGGUGCCCAGGCAGCCGAUAAUGAUGCUUGGCCGAUCAAGCAAACUCCCUACACUGAUGCCGUACAAUGGGAUCACUACAGCUUCAUCAUCAAGGGACAGAGAAAGUUUCUCUUCGGUGGUGAGAUGCAUCCCUUUCGAAUCCCCGUGCCACAACUAUGGGAAGACGUUAUCGAGAAGAUGAAGGCUAUGGGUAUGAAUUCCAUGUCGUUCUACUCACACUGGGGCUAUCAUGAGCCACUUGACGGCGAGUUGGACUUUUCCAGUGGUGCUCAUGAUCUCGGGCUCCUGUUGGAGUACUCCAAGAAGCAUGGCAUUUUCGUCACGCCUCGGCCUGGUCCAUACAUCAACGGCGAGCUCAACGCAGGAGGUUUCCCACUGUGGAUUACGACCGGUGCUUACGGUAAGCUUCGAUCGAAUGGUACGAGCUACACCGAUGCGUGGAACGGCUACAUGUCAUCCGUAGCUGAGUUGGUCUCCCCGUACCAGAUUCACAAGAACGGAACUGUAAUCAACUUUCAGAUAGAGAAUGAGUACCCCCAGCAGUGGACAAACCAGAACGAGAAAAUACCGAACUACAAUUCUGUCGACUAUAUGGAAGACCUCAAGGCGGUCGCAGUCAACAACGGCAUCGAGAUUCCACUAACUCACAAUGACAUAUCUGGAUACGUUUCAUGGGCUUCGGACUACGACACAGUUAGUGCGGGCGGAAACGUCGACGUGCAUGGGUACGAUUCUUACCCCCUUUGCUGGAGCUGCAACCCAGAUCAAUGCAGCUCCGGCAGCUCCGGGAACUGGGUUCUUCUAGACUAUCAGCCAGACUUCCAAAGGUCUUCACCAAGCAAUCCAUGGUUUAGCCCAGAAUUCCAGGGCGGGAAAGUGGUGCCCAUUGCUGGAUAUCCGGAUGGCUGCGCAGACACAGUUGGUGCCGACUUUCGCAACCUCUACUACCGCCACAACAUUGAUCAACGAAUGACGGCUUUCAUCCUCUACAUGACCUAUGGAGGCACAAGUUGGGGCUGGCUUGGCGUUCCGUUCCUCGGCACUAGCUAUGACUACUCUGCACCCAUCGCUGAGGAUCGGUCUCUUAGGGACAGCUUCUACGAGAUCAAAAACCUGGCGCUGUUCACAAGGGUUGCUCAGGAUCUGGCCAAGACAGACCGCAUCGGUAGCGGCAGCAAUUACACAACGAACCCAUCCGUCUCUGCGACUGAGCUUCACAACCCGGACACAGAUGCGAGAUUCUAUGUUGUUCGACACACGGACUCGAGAAGCGACGAGCCUGUCACCUUCCAGCUUCACGUCAACACUUCGGCUGGCCCCCUCACUGUCCCACAGAUCGCGCCAGCGACGUCCCUGAAGGGCCAUGUUGCCAAGAUCCUGGUGACAGAUUUUCCAAUUGGUCAGGACAAGCUACUUUACUCCACAGCUGAAGUAUUCACGUACGCCGUAAUGGACGGAAAGCCAACACUGGUGCUUUGGGUUCACCCUGAUGAGUCAGGGGAGGUCUGUUUUACCGGGUCUCACAAGGGGCAGCUGAAGACUUGUGCUGGUUGCAGCGAUGUUCAGUUCAACGUUACUGAGCACGGCACCAUACUGAAGUUCACUCAGGGCCCUGGACUUAGUGUCGCCUUCGUUGGAGACACAAGGGUUAUCAUGGUGGAUCGAUCUGGUGCCUAUGGGAUGUUCGCACCGACUCUGACUAACGAUCCUUUGACUCCGGUCAAUGAGACUGUCUUGGUACACGGCUCCUCUCUCAUCCGCGGAGCACAAAUCAGCUCAGAUGUGAUCGCGAUCACCGGAGACACGGUUGAAGAUGCUCAGCUUGAGGUGUUCGCCCCUUCCAACGUCAAGAAAGCUACUUGGAAUGGCAAACCAGUCGACACGAAACCAACACCACACGGCAGUCUCAUUGGGAGAAUUUCGGGACCACCGAAGAUAGAGCUACCGAGCCUGGGCCCCUGGAAAGUUCAAGAUUCUCUGCCCGAAGUCCUUGUCGAUUAUUCCGAUGACGGGGUAGCCUGGGUCAAUGCUAAUCAUCAAUCCACGAAGAACUCAAAGAACGACGCUACCAUUCCGUACCUCUACGCUGACGACUAUGGAUUCCAUACUGGAUCAUUCAUUUACCGUGGCAGAUUUACUGGCAUUGCUGAUGGAGUAUCACUUACCCUUUACGGUGGUCAAGCCUUCGGAUUUUCAGUGUACUUGAACGGGCGGUUCUUGGAGGCAUUCCCAGGAAGUCCAGGAACAAAGACGGCCUCCGGAUCACUGCUUCUAGACUUCCCAGAAAACGCGUUGUCGCAGAACAUAACCAAUGUGCUCACUGUCAUACAAGACAACUCCGGCCACGACCAAGGAGCCGGAGGGGCUUUGUCAAUCCGGGGGAUCCUCAACGCAACGCUGGUUGGCUCUGAGGGCUUCGACUCUUGGAAGCUGACUGGAACUGCCGGUCGCUCAAAAGGCAAGAUUCUCGACCCCGUCCGCGGUGCUUACAACGAGGGAGGGUGGACUGCUGAACGGCUUGGCUGGCAUCUUCCAGGCUUCGACGACUCGAAUUGGCCGACGGCGUCUCCAUCGGAAGGUUUCGACAACGCCACAGUCCGUUUGUACCGUACGAUUGUGCCUUUGAGCAUUCCUACCGGUGUUGAUCUUUCGGUUCAAUUCGAGUUGAGCACUCCUGGGGGCAACAGCACGGCACGAGCCCUGUUGUUCGUCAAUGGGUACCAAUAUGGCCGCUUCUCACCGUACGUCAACUCGGCCACCAGAUUCCCGGUACACCCCGGCAUCCUGAACUUUAACGGAGAUAAUGUGAUUGGGGUCUUGGUCUGGGCGCAAUCUUCAAAUGGAACCAGUGUUGGAGUCAAUUGGAAUAUCACAGAGGUCCGAACUAGCUCCUUUGACACUCACUUCGACACUAAAGACUUGCAGCCAACGUGGGGGGAGGAGAGGCUACUCUAUGCUUAG